GUGUGUAGUACUAGUAUAGUAUGUGUAGGUGUGUGUGAAGAGUACGUGUCCAAUAUCAACGUUGUUGCAUUUUUUGUUUAUAAAUAUUAAUACUUAAUUAAAUUACCAUGAAGUAUUACUUAAUGGCAUUGUUUGUAGUUGUAAGUUUAACUAUCGGUAGCGAGUCAUCACUAUUCGAAAGUGAUUCGUGUUAUUCCUUCGGAAGCGGUAAUGUUUUUCCCGGCGGUGCUAGGAAAAUAGAUCAUAAAUUACAAGUUACAAAAGCCGUAAUUUCAAAACCAGCACCCGAGUGGGAGGCGACGGCAGUCGUCAAUGGAGAAUUUACACAGCUAUCUUUGUCGAGUUUCAAAGGAAAAUACCUGGUUUUCUUCUUCUACCCUCUAGACUUCACUUUCGUUUGUCCCACGGAAAUAUUGGCGUUUUCUGAACGGAUUGAUGAGUUCAAGAAGAUCAAUACUGAAGUGGUGGCGUGUUCAGUCGACUCUCAUUUCACUCAUUUGGCAUGGAUUAAUACUCCCAGAAAAGAGGGUGGUCUAGGAAAAAUCAACAUUCCUCUACUUAGUGAUCUCAGCCAUUCCAUUGCUAAAGAUUAUGGUGUAUAUUUAGAAGAUCUGGGCCAUACUUUGAGAGGCUUGUUCAUCAUUGAUGAUAAAGGCAUAUUGAGGCAGAUUACUAUGAAUGAUUUACCGGUAGGCCGGUCUGUUGAUGAGACCUUAAGAUUGGUUCAAGCAUUCCAAUAUACAGACAAUCAUGGCGAAGUGUGUCCAGCUGGAUGGAAACCAGGACAAGACACGAUCAUCCCUAACCCAGAUGAGAAGAAAAAGUACUUCGAAAAGGUGGCAAAAAAUUAAAAACUUCUAUUGAUACUCAGCUUUCUGAAAACCAUGUUAAUAAUUAGACUCAGAUCAACUCUAUAGAUCAAGACAAGUCUGCACUGAUUUUGAUAGCACAGGUAGGGCAAGUGUUAUUUUAAAACGUUAAACUUCUAUGAAAAAAUGAAGUAUAAAUAACACUUGCACUGCGUGUGCUAUCAAAAUCGUGAGUGUUAUACUUUUUUUAUAAUUAUCUUAUUGUAAAUUAAGUAAUUAAUCGGUUUUUGAUAAGAAAGAUAACAAUAGCCUAUCGGGCAAUAAAGGCUAAAAACGACUAUAUAAUCACAAAUUAGAUUUAACCAUUGGUAGACAUAUAUCUGUUUGUCUUUUUAUUAAUACGUGGAAUACUCAUGAAAUACAGAUGAAAUACCUGUAUAAUAUUUAAUGAAGCAAAAAAUGACAAAAUUAAAGGAAUGAAAAACCAUAAUUUUAAAUUAUCU